AUGUGCAAAAUUCCAGAGUCCAAAGAGCACAUUAACCAGAAUCACAUAUUCACGAACGAACUGUUGCCGACAGGUACCGAUUUCUACUUAACCGACCGAUUUUCUUCCGCAUUACAGCGUUUUGAGUCAACGCUAGUAAUUGCCGAGCACAACAACGGAGUCUUAUCUCCCAUUACCCAGAAUGCUUUAGCAGCCGCGACGAAAAUCGGUGGCGAUGUGACUGUAUUAGUAGCUGGUACAAAAUGCGGACCAGCCUCGGAAGCAGUGAGCAAAGCACCAGGAGUUGCCAAAGUGAUUGUCGCUGAAAGUGAGGCUUUCAAUGGACUCACGCCUGAGUCGAUAACUCCUCUUGUCUUGGCAACUCAAAAGCAACUCAACUUCAGCCACAUUCUGGCAGGAGCUAGCGCUUUUGGAAAAGCUUUAUUGCCGCGAAUUGCUGCGAAACUUGACGUUUCGCCAGCCAGCGACGUGAUUGCGAUAAAGUCGCCAGACACUUUUAUACGUCAAAUCUAUGCUGGAAAUGCAAUCCAGACGGUGAAAGUCAAGGAUAAUAUUAAAAUUUUGUCGGUUCGAGGCACGGCAUUUAAGCCAGUGGCUCUGGAAGGCGGUAGUGCAAAAAUCGAAGCUGCACCAGCCGGUGAUUACAAGUCAGCUCAAGUCGAAUUUAUUAAGCAAGAACUGACCAAGUCUGACCGACCAGAUUUAGCUUCCGCGAAGGUCGUGGUUUCUGGAGGUCGUGGACUUAAAUCAGGAGAUAACUUUAAACUUUUGUACGCGUUAGCUGAUAAAUUAAAUGCCGCUGUUGGAGCUUCUCGAGCUGCAGUCGAUGCUGGCUACGUACCAAAUGAUCUGCAAGUUGGACAAACUGGAAAAAUUGUUGCUCCCGAUCUGUACAUCGCUGUCGGUAUUUCUGGCGCGAUUCAACAUUUGGCAGGUAUGAAGGAUUCUAAAACAAUAGUUGCCAUCAACAAAGAUCCAGACGCGCCGAUCCACCAAGUAGCUGAUUAUGGACUGGUCGCUGAUCUUUUCAAGGCUGUGCCUGAAUUAACUGAAAAGCUUUAAAUGGAAGCAUUCCUGAUGCUUUUUCGAAAAUAUACGGAGAUGACUUGUAUCAAUCAUGCUUCAUGUGUUAUUACAAACAAAUUUUAUACUCUGUAAAUAGUAUGCAUUAUGAAAGCAGAUCUAAUGUAAGUAAUGCAUAAUAU